AUGGCUAUGGAAAGAGAGACCCUCCUGGAGAAAGCAUACCCAGAAGCGCAGGCCUUCUGUCAGAAGCACGGCCUAAUGUUUGAGGUAAUUGACUUGAGAUGGGGUAUUUCUGAGCUUGUAGACACUGAUCACAGAAACACACAACUCUCUCUGGAGGAAAUUGAAGCCUGUCAGAAACUGUCAGCUGGUCCCACCUUCAUUGGACUCCUGGGGGACCACUAUGGCCACCAGACUGUGCCUCGGCUCAUUGCGGAGAAGGAAUUUGAAGCCCUCACUCUGCAGCUCUCAGGGGACUCUGCCCAGCUCCUGACACAGUGGUACUGGCGGGAUGAGAAUGCGCUGCCCACCCGCUAUGUGCUGCAGCCGGCUGAGGGGCAGGCCUGGCAUUGCCUGGAGAGACGCCUGGCCUCAGUGCUGCGCGGGGCAGCCCGGAAGGCAGAGAGGUGUGGGCUGCUCGGCCCAGAGCAGAGGCACUGCUACCACAAAUCAGCGAUUGAAUGGGAGAUUGAACAGGGUCUCCUCAACACCCAGGAGAGCAACCCGGGGGCUUUCAUAUUCCUCAGAGAGGUUGAGGAUUCCAACAGACAACUUGGGCAAGGGACAAACAGUGAGCUGUUAGAAAAAGAGGACAAUCUGGAGAGUGAAGCAAAUGAGCUGCUUCGCAACCUUAAAGCAAAAAUUGCAAGCCAUUAUCCCAAACACCUCAAAGUACAAACACUGGCAUACAGUAAAGACUCUGGGAACCCUCAGGGCAAGGAGAAUAAUAAAUACCUGAAACAACUUUGUGAGCAGUUCACUGCUGUCACUAACCACCAGGUUUUAGAGAAUGUUCGAUGCCGAGGACAGAUGAGCGAGGAGCCAAGGCAACUUCUGCAGGAGUUGGGCCACCACACAGCUCUGUGCCUGAAGAACUGCAGAUUUUUCUGUGGGAGACAGAAUUUACUGGAUAACAUUUUUCACUGUAUUAGGCAGAACAAUGAUAAAACCCACACAGCCCUCAUCCUUUAUGGGCCACCAGGCUGUGGAAAAACAGCUGUGAUGUGCAAACUAUCUGAGCGGGUGCAAGCUGUUUUAGGGAAAGACAGUGUAAUUGUGAUUCGCUUGCUGGGGACAUCCCAACUCAGUUCUGCCGUUCACAGCCUGCUGAGGGACAUUUGUCUCCAAGUGUGUUUAGCAUUUGAUUUGCCACUACCUCCAACCCAGACCAAACAGGCUUGCAGUGAUUUAGUUUUGUUCCUCAGUAAACUCCUCCUCACCAUCUCCCAUUGCAGCACACAGACCCUGGUGUUGUUCCUGGACUCUGUGGAGAGAUUACUUCCUGCUGAUGGUGCUCACAGAUUCCACUGGCUCCCUACAGAUUGCCCUCCAAAGGUCCACAUCAUCAUUUCCGUUUCCACGGCAGAGCCUGAUUCUCUGAAAGCCCUCCAACACGCUGUGCCUGAGGCUGAAGCAUACUUUGAAGUAGGACCCUUAUCCAGUGAGGAAGGUGAGGAGAUGCUAGAGAUGCUCUUAGCGUCAGACAGACGACGGCUAAGCCCCACGCAAUGGGCCUAUUUCCGUCAGAGCUUCCCUAGUGGUGGGCAAGCCCUGCUCUUCAAGCUGGCCUUCCAUGAAGCCAGAAAAUGGGCAUCUUACACUUCACCUUCAGAACUAGUGAUUGCUAGCACAGCCCAGGACGCCAUGCAUCGUCUGUGCGAGAGACUGGAAAAGUCACACGGCACAGUCCUUGUGGCUCAUGUGCUUGGCUAUAUUGCUUCCUCACGAAAUGGGCUGUCAGACAUGGAGCUGAAGGACAUUUUAUCCCUUGACGAUGAAGUUCUCUCAAAGAUUCACCGCUGCCACCUUCCUUCAAGUAAAACUAUCCUGCGCCUUCCUCCUCUCCACUGGGCACGGCUGCGCAGUGACAUGGGAGAGUGCCUGGCAGAACAGAAGGCAGACGGCUUCACCCUUCUUUGCUUUGCACACAGGCAAUUUGUUGAAAUGGUGCAGAAUCGUUAUCUAUCAAAACAAGACCAAAUCAAGAGGCAUUUUCUCCUGGCAGAUUUCUUCAAGGGGACUUGGAGCUGGGGAAUGAAGAAACCUCUUAUGUUGCCACACUUUAGCAGGACCUUGAAUGCUGACAGGAAGGUAGCCCCUCAGCCACUCUGGUUCUCUGAUACUGUUGCAAAUCUGAGGAAGUUGAGUGAAUUGCCAUUUCAUUUACUUAAUGCUGGACGAGUUGAGGAGCUAAAACGGGAUGUGCUGGGGAAUAUGAACUGGAUCAGCUGUAAAAUAAUUGCCUCUGGAAUAGAGAGCGUUGUUGAUGACUUUGCCAUGUGUACUGAAUGCAUCAGCUGUCCAGAACUACGCCUUGUGCAGGACACGCUUCUCCUUUUGAAGCCUGCAGUCAGCAGUAUACACAGCCCUGAAGUGAGUAUAAUAUACACGGAAGUGUUGGCCAGACUUCUUUUUUUUGUACCUUCUUACCCGGAGGUAAUCGGGAAGCUGUGCCAGCAGUGUCUAAGCUGGUGCAGUGUCUGUCCCUACCCUGUUCUCAUUCCACUGUGCGGAUUUCUCCAGCCGCCUGGGGGGCCCCUACACACAACGCUCACCGGAUUCCUCAAAGGUGUCACAGCGAUGGCACUUAGUUCUGAUUACCGAUUGCUGGUGGCAGGUUCCCAGGAUGGCUCAAUGCUUGUCUGGAAUAUGGAAGUUUUUGAGAUGCUGCAUGCCCUUCCUGGGCACUCUGCUGAGGUGAGAUGUGUGAAAGUGUUUGGAAAAGGAACCCGUGCUGUUUCAGCUGCCAUGGAUCACAGUCUGCGCAUCUGGAAUUUGAUUUCUGGCAGAGCAAGGUUUAUUAUCCAGGAUACACAUAUGGAAGAACAGCCCUCACAUCACCUUCACGUGGAUGAGGGGCACAUGAUUGUAUAUUCUUCUUCAGAUACAAAGGUCAAUGCUUGGCACCUGGAAACAGCAGAACUCAUCUUCCAGAUUUCUGGAGAGGGGUCAGAUGCAUGGAUGUGUUCUGCAGUAUUCAGCCCAAGGUUGGUGAUUAUGACCGUGUCUGAAGGAGGAAUGCUGAGUCUGUGGAACAGCAACACCGGUGAGCUGAGAUCCAAAUGUCAGCUAUCAGGGCUACAGGAAGAAACACCAACGUCCAGUGUUCUGAUCCAGAAGCAAGGGAAGAUGAUAGUGGGAUUUAGCGGGGGAUCUCUAUCCAUGAUCUCUUCUGAUGGAAACAGUCUGCUAGAGAAGCUUCCUGGAAGGGUUUGCUUUGUGGUGGUGUCAGAAGAUGAGUCCAUUCUUGCUGCAGGCUUUGAGGAGUAUGUGCGAGUGUACCUGGCAGACCCAAAGGGAUUCCACAGGUUCCUAGCAGCAGAUUUGGAACAUGAAGGAACGGUUCAUACAGCUGUUAUCUCUGCUGGCAACAGCAUUAUUGUUACUGGUUCUCAGGCUGCAUCUGUCCAGGUGUGGAGUUUAUCAGAACAGGGAUUGCUGACUGCCACACUGGAUGGCAUGGGAGCACCAGUAACACUCUUAGCCCUGUGCGAUUGCACUUUGGUUUCUGCCUCCCACAGCACACCGUAUCUAAGAGUGUGGAACCUCAUUUACAAUCAUCAGCAGAAAACCUUGGCGCCUGUCCCAACUACAGCCUGCACUGCACUGUCCCACGGGGGGAACUAUGUCUAUUUUACCCAACCUGAAGACAGACAGAAAGUCGUCAUCUGGAAUGCCACAGAAGGUGAAGUGUGUGACACACUGGACGCCUCUGCCCGAGUGAGAUGCCUGGAAAUAGCUGAGCAAAACCAGCUCCUUUUCACAGGGCUUACAUCUGGAACAGUCCUUGUCUUUCCACUGAACUCCAGGCAGGAUGUCACGUGCAUCCCACCUCCAGAGUCACAGAAACCAGUCAACGACAUGGCAAUCAAUAAGCAGGAAAAGCAGCUUGCCAUAGCAUACGACGAUUUAGUCCUUGUGCUGGAUAUUAUCCCUGCAGAUCCAUGCCCAGUGAUCGACAGGCCCACCUACACUUUUAAAACUCAGAUCCCUGGCGCUCUGAUAUCCAGAGUGGCUGUCCUUGCAGAUUACAGAGUCCUCUAUGGCAUGACUAGUGGGGACUUAUUCCUUUAUGACUGCCCUCGGGCCCAAGUGUUUCCUUUGGAAGGUCACAGAAGCCAGAUCUCCUGUUUGGAAAGCAGCCACGGAGAGCAGUGGGCACUCAGUGGAUCUGAAGAUUCCCUGCAGUGCCUCUGGGACUUGGAGUUCUGUCAGCAGGAACACGAGAUGUGCUAUUAUAAGCCCACAUCUCUCCUGAAAGGCAUUUGCUGUGCUUGCUUCUCAAAAGAUGAUAAGUACUUGUACACUGGGUCGCUGGAUCACUCCAUUACAGUCUGGGAUGUCGCAAGUGGUGCCUUGCUGGCUGUACAGUGUGUGUACACAACUGCUAACAGAAUCGUACCAACCGCAGAUGGAUUUGUUGCAGUAACAAAAGCUGGUUAUAUAAUUCGGGAGAAGUUUCACUGUCCUAAGACCACCCCUCCUCGGUAUAACCCACACCAGAACACCGUGGCAACACGUGCGGUAAAAUCCAGGAAUAAAGACAGGGAAAACUCAAGCAAGCAACAGUACAAGCAAGGAAACUCUUCUGGGAGCCUGACUCAGAGCAGCAAGCUCUCUCAAACCUGUUCAGUGGUGUAA